AUGGAACCUUCAUCAUAUAUUAAAAAAAAUGAUAAAAUAGUUUUAAUGUGCAACUAUGGUUUUAGGGACAUGACAAUUAAUUUAUUAAAUUGUUUCGAAAAAUUAAAUAUAUCAAGAGAUAGAUUUUUAUUAUAUGCAAUCGAUGACAAAUCCCAUCAAUUUUUCAAGAGCAAAGGUAUUGAAAGUAUCAGAUUUUCAAGAGAUGAAACAAAUAAGAAAAUAAACACAGAAUUUUUUGAUAACGAAGGUGUUUAUGGGGAAGAAGCAGAAUCAUAUGGCAAUAUUGGAUUUAGAGCAAUUUGUAAUGAAAAACCAUUAGUUGUUUUAGAAGUUUUAAAACAAGGUUACAAUGUAUUGUGGACAGAUACCGAUAUAGUUUGGCAAAAAGAUCCAUUUAUUCACUUUUAUAACGAAAUUAAUAAGAGCAACGGUUUCGAAAAUAAUGAUGAUAUCGAUCUUUAUGUCCAGCAAGAUGAUGAUGAUAUUUGCGCAGGUUUCUAUUUCAUCAGAUCAAAUCCCAAAACAAUCAAAUACAUUCAUGACACUAUAGCAUUUUUAAAUCCAAUGAUUGACGACCAAAUUGCUAUGCGAUUAUUUUUAAAAAGUCAAGGUGUUAAUAUCCUAUCAAAAGAAAUUCUAUUAAAAAAUCAAAAUAGUGAUAAAAUUAAAUAUGUAUUAUUAGAUAGAAAAUUAUUUCCAAAUGGUACAGCUUAUUUUAAUUUAAAACUUACACAAAGAGCAAAUAUUACACCAUACAUUGUUCAUAAUAAUUGUAUCAUUGGUCAUAGAAGUAAAAAAGAAAGAUUUAUAGAAUAUGGUCUUUGGAGUGUUGAUGAAAAGAGUUUAGAUAUUAGCAAUAAUGAUAAUAUUUCAAAUAAUGAAAAAACUUUAAUAUCACCCAAACAUAUUCUAAAGGCUCAUACAGAUAUUAUUACAAGUAUCUCUUCAUCAAACAAUCAACUAUAUACAACUUCUAUGGACAAAUCAAUUAAAAUCUGGGAGAUAAAUGGUAAUACACAAUUGUUUAAAGUUUUAAAAUCAAAAUAUAUUCAUAGAAGAGGUGCAAUUUGGAGCACUUUUAUAGAUGACAUUAAGGAAACUAUUUUAACAGCUUCACAUGAUAAAACUGUUCAAAUUUGGAAUAAAAACUUUGAAUCCAUCAAUACAUUUUCAGGUCAUACCGGUAUAAUCAAUCAAAUGGUAGUUAUUCCAAACUCUGAUUAUAUAUUGACAUGCUCUGAUGAUUCUACAAUUAGGUUGUUUAGCACUCAAGAUUCUAGCUAUAAAAGGGUAUAUUUGGGUCAUAGUAGUUGGGUUUCAUCGAUAGCCUUUAAUAAUAAUAUAAUUUAUUCAUGUUCCAAUGAUGAAACCAUUAGACUUUGGGAUUUUAAGACUGGUAGAUGUUUAAAUAUUAUUAAACCAUACCAAGGAUGGAUUAGAAAAAUAAUUUUAAAUUUAAAUAACUUGAUAAGUGCAGGUAAUGAUGGAACAAUAAAAAUUUGGCAAUGUAAUGAGCAAGGUUAUAUUAUUAACGAAGAACAAUUUAAAGAAAUCUAUACAAAUGGAAAUUCUUCAAUUAAUGACAUGGUAGUUCAUGAAAAUAUUCUAUACUGUGCCUUUGAUAAUGGUUCUUUGAAAUCAUACAAUUUAACAACAUUGCAAUUAGAAAAAGACUAUCUUGGCCAUAAACCAUCCUCUAUUAAUUGCAUCCAUGUUUCCAAAUCUUUAAAUCUAUUAUUUACUGGUGGUUUCGAUAGACAAAUAAAAUCGUGGGAAUUAUAA